CAUGACGAGUAUUCUGAGAGAGCGUUGAUGUUGACUUGCCUUCCCAUCGAGUGUUGGUCAUCUGUGGGCGAGGAAAUGGCACCCUACAACACGGAAACCUUCUACAUGCUGCACAGUGUGGAUAUGAAAAUACUAGAAGCUUCGCCCAACGUGUUUUUCUACACGGGAUACCACGAUCACGAGCUGGAAGGGACGUCUUGGUAUACUUUGGUUCACCACGAAGAUCUUCCACUAGCACGGACGCUUCAUUCAAAAAUGAUCCAAUUCGGCACUAAAGUUGAGAGGAGUUCAGGUCUGAUACGUUUAGUGUCCAUAUCUGGUUGUCAACAGUGUGCGAGUGUUACCAUCAGUGAAUGCGACACAAUUAGGCACUCUGGAAAAAAUGGCGUGAUUGGCUGCUUCAUCACUCAAACCCACAUUAUUCGGCAAUCUGAAGUCGAAUUCUUUAUCAAUGAGGUGGCUAAUAACAACAUUCUAACGGGAUACUCGUUCUCACAAGUGGACGACGGGGAAUCAAUGCCUUCACAACCUCUAGCCCCAUUCGAGAACCACAUAUACGAGGAUUUGGAAAAUAUAACCAAUAUAAAUACAACAGAUGUCAUGGAACCGAACGUGCCUAACAUUGAUUCACAUUACAAUAGAAUGCCUUGUAAUUUCAACGCGUGUGAAACACCCUUAAAGGCGACAGAUGAGCGUGUAUGUCAGACCAAACAGACCCAGUUGAUGAUGUAUAAACCAUUUGAGGCGCUGAAAAGUGCAGCUAAAUUGUUGGUAUGCGACCGAUUGAAACGUGAUGUCGAUAAGUUUCGCAUACCGUACAGCCACGCAAUGGAAAUCAUUCACAACCUUGAUCAGAGCGAGUAUUGCAACCAAACUCAACCAUCAGACACACCGACCAAUCAAGAUACAGCAUUUUUUGACGAAUUGGCGUCACUGCCACUAAUGACCUACGCAUGCUCUUCACACGAUAAUGUCAGUGGGUAUGUACAAGUUACUUGCCAAUCGCAAGUAACUAUGGGCAUACCCGGGCAAGUGCAACCACCUGGCAACUGGUCCUGAACUCUGCUUUCGGCAAUCACUCUUGAAAAUUAUAAUUGAAGUGCAUUUGGCCUACAUGCGAUCAUAACAUUUCAAUGCCUUGUGAAAUGCAAUCAUCCUGCCCUUUAUCCUGUAAUUGGUUGUGGUGUGGCAUGUGAUUUAGGAGAGAGAUACUUUUAAUAUUAAUUGCGAUGAUAAAUAUUCUUUAA